AGAUCUGCUAAGCAGCCCAGCACUGCCUGGUCUCACAAGGUCAUUUUGAGUUAUACUGCAGUAGAACACACCCAUUGUACAUAGAUCCGUAUCCGGUCCCACAGUUGGGGUUCUUUCGUUGCCUCCUCUCGUACAGCAAAAUGGCGGAUCAGACAGAGCGUGCUUUCCAAAAGCAGCCAACCAUCUUCCUCAACAGGAAGAAGGGUGUUGGUGGCAAGAAGAAGAGUCUUCGCUACACCCGUGAUGUCGGUCUAGGAUUCAAAACUCCUCGUGAAGCCAUUGAAGGAACUUACAUUGACAAGAAGUGCCCCUUCACUGGCAACAUCUCUAUCCGAGGACGUAUCUUGACUGGAGUUGUCCAAAAGAUGAAGAUGCAGAGGACCAUUGUCAUCCGGAGAGAUUACCUGCACUAUGUUCGCAAAUAUAACAGAUUCGAGAAGAGGCACAAGAACAUGUCAGUUCACCUAUCGCCCUGCUUCAGGGACGUGUCGAUUGGCGAUGUUGUCACCGUUGGAGAGUGCCGUCCUCUCAGCAAGACCGUGCGUUUCAACGUCCUGAAGGUGUCCAAGGGUGCUGGUUCCAAGAAGAGUUUCCAGAAGUUCUAAAAUAAAUCUUUGAUUAUCAAA